CAUGCACACAAUUCGUUGCGGGCGCGUGCGCGCAUAUAUACGUACGUGUGUGUAUAGAGUGGGGCAUGCAAGCGACGACUUGUGAAAGACGGUGAUGUGGAGUCGUCUUUGCCUACCGUUCUUGCUGGUUUUUGUCCUAGCGGACAGCUGCAACGGUUACUGUUCCAGUUGGCAGUUCGAAUGCGACAACGGAGAUUGCAUCGACAGAGACUAUAUAUGUGACGGAGACGACGAUUGUGAAUAUGGGGCAGACGAAAGUGACUGCACAAGAUACGGAAACUGCUACACCUAUCAGUACCAGUGUCACAAUGGGCGCUGCAUAGACGAAAGAUACGUGUGUGACGGAGAUGAUGAUUGUUACGAUGAAAGUGACGAAGCUUACUGCAGUGGCUAUUGCUAUAGUUACCAGUCCGAGUGUGAUGAUGGACAGUGUGUGGAGAAGGAGGAUGUUUGUGAUGGAAAUGUCGAUUGCUUUGAUGGGAGUGAUGAAGACAACUGCGGUCUCGUAAUAGGUCUGGCUGUGGGUCUCUCUGUCUUCUUCUUCGUCCUCUUCUGUGUGGUUAUCCCCAUCGCCAUAUGUGUCCUGGUAUAUUGCUGUGUCGCUGGUCCUCUCAGACACACCAUGAAGGGUAGAUCAACUGUGAGAACGGUUGCCUCUCGACCAGCAAAUACAACCUCAACUACUGUGGUUGCUGCUAAUACAGCGGGAACAGUGAAAGGUGGUUAUCAGCCAGUAGGACACAUCCAACCUCUACAUCAGUACCCACCACCUCCUCAGCAACAGCAGCUGCAAGUAGCCGGUGCUACUAACCAGCCAGCUGCGAUGGUCGGAGGUUACCAGCCCCCACCUCUGGUGUACUCUCCUGCAAACAGCAAAAUACCCGCUGCAGCUGAACCUUGAAACUGUGUGGUAGCUGCUGCUAUCUCUAGCUCCAGCUUGACAAUUGACACUGUAGCUUUUUCCGCAUGCAUUAUGAUAGUAUAAUUAUGCGCGCGCGGCGCACCCUUUAUUAUCAUUAUAAUUAUACACGUACGUACGUACGUACGCACACCGCCGGCUGUGCGACUACGAGGAAGACGCCUGACCGAGAAAAUGUCGACGAUUUUUUGCUUGUCCUUCUUGAUCGUCGCUCUGGCCGUCGGCUGCAAUGGCUCCUGUUUUUACAGCAACCAAUAUGAGUGUGAUAGUGGCUACUGCAUAAGCAGCUCCUACCGCUGCGACGGAGAUUAUGACUGCAGCGACAGGAGCGACGAAAGGGGCUGUACCACCAACAGCUCCUGUUUUUACAGCAACCAAUAUGAGUGUGACAGCGGGCAGUGUAUUAGCGACUCCGAUGUAUGUGACGGAUAUGAAGACUGUUUUGAUGGUAGCGAUGAAGAUGGAUGUGUCGAUGCUGCUGCUGCAGGUCUGGCUAUGGUCUCUCUGUCUCUUCUUCUUCAUCCUCUUCUGUGUGGUUAUCCCCAUCGCCAUAUGUGUCCUGUAUACUGCUGUAUCGCUGGCCCUCUCCAACAACGCCCUCGGUGGGUAUGAUCGGUUUGUCACUACAACUGGCCCACCCCCCAGCGAGGGUUCCCGCGGCAACUGUCGUCACAACAAGUGCCCAUGAUGUGAAAAACUGACUAUCCACCAAGAUAUGUUCAGCAGCCAAUGCAGCAGUACCCGCCCCAGCCCUAUGCUACUGCGCAGUCUUACCCGCCACCGUACCCUGUGCAGUAAUCCCAGGAGCUGGCUUUUUUACAAACUAUUGACAAUUUCAUUAUGUAGACAGUAUUGUCUCCCCCUAUAAUUAUAGCUCUUGCAACGCACGCGGUUUGAGGGGCGUGUCUGUCUUCUUCUUCGUACUCUUCUGUGUGGUUAUCCCCAUCGCCAUAUGUGUCCUGGUAUACUGCUGUGUUGCCCAACAUACCUUGAAAGGGUAGAUCAACUGUGAGAACGGUUGCCUCUCGCCCAGCAAAUACCACCUCAACUACUGUGGUUGCUGCUAAAUACAGCGGGAACAGUGAAAGGUGGUUAAUCAGCCAGUAGGACACAUCCAACCUCUACAUCAGUACCACCACCUUCUCAGCAAUCAGCAGCUGUGGGUGCUUUUAAUGCUAACGCGACGUCCAGCUGCGUUAUGGUCGGAGGUUACCACCC